GACUUUUGAGUAACCUUGGGGUUAGCAUCAUCUCAAAUUAUCAACCGGAUCACGGGUGAAUGUGCUACCUUUCUUCACUGUUUAGUGGGUAUUCCGAGUGCCCUCUUUUAUUUAACACGUAUUCACAAUUCUGAUCAUACCUUCUCCGAAAUUGAAUUCAGUCAUGAAAAAAUAGCUUCUUGUCGCGCAUUAUAUUUACUGAUAGCCCAUCACUUUCAAGUGCUUUAAUAUACUCUUGACUUCUUAAAUUAGUUAAAAGCAAUGGAUGAACCGCAAAUUUCUGUUUUGGAGGUAAUUAGAAAGCUUGGCAUAGUACCUAUCUACGGAUGGGAAGCUCGCUUUGAUCACAAAUACAAAAUAAAAUGCCGUCCUUUUACCGUGCCACGGGCUUCGCAGAUGAGCGAUAUUCUGGGAAUGUCUUUUCGAUACGCUUUCCGGUUUUACAUAAAGAAGCGUUUUAUUCAGCACCGAUCGCCCUUUAUUGAUGCCGUUUCUCACGUGCCAUGGAGACCCAUAUAUGGCGUACCGAUUGGAGGUAUUGGCAGUGGUUCUAUCGGGCGUGGAUAUUGUGGGGAGUUUUGUCGUUCAAGCCUGAUACCAGGUAUGUACUGUUACGACGUACAACCUGUUGAUCAAUUCAUCGUAACAGUCCGAAAAAGCGAUGUUACUGUUUAUCAUCAAGUUCUGUCACCAUUAACGAAACCUCCAUCAAAUGCCAAAAGAUUAAAAAAGUGGAAAUGGGGUUUUGAUCCAGAAAACGGUCAUUACGUUGGUUUAUAUCCUAGAUCGUGGACAGUUUAUGAAAUACCUGAACUUCAACUUGUAUUAGUUUGCCAACAGAUAUCCCCUGUUAUACCGCAUGACUAUCAGGCAACAUGUCUUCCGGUUGCUAUAUUCUAUUGGAAAGUUAUAAGCUGGAAUAAUGAAGAUUUAAGGGUUACUAUCACAUUUUCAUGGCAUGGCCCCAAUCCUCGUAAACGAUCUAAAUCAAGUGAUGUUUCCAAAUCUAAGAACGGGAAUAAUAGCAACGAAAAUACUGCAAAUACUCAUGUUUCCACUUCGGAAAAUGCUUCUCCAGUUUACUCCCAACGAUCUACUGCUUUUUCUGCUGGUGAUAAUGUACUGGGAUGCCUUUUAGAAAGAACUAUUGGAGGUGAACUACCUUGUUGUUUUGGUAUCGCAGCUAAAUCAAUGGACAAAGUCGAAGUGAGUCGGUGUCCAGGCUUUUGCUUUCACGAUAAGGCGUUGCACGGUACCUUGCAUGAUUCCAGACAUAAUCCUGAAGUUAGUGGCAAUGGUCACUCAGAUCUGAUAACUUAUCUUUCCUACACUAAAGCGCCAUCUGCUACACAAUUCUGGAAUAAUCUUCAGUAUGGUCAAAUACCUCCCGAUUUCCAUUCAAUUGGUUAUACCGUGCCACUGGAUUCUGAAGCCAAGAAAUCACCCAAACUAGCAAUUGCUGUAAGCGCCACAACUAAUGUACCCCGAUGCAACAUCGCUAAUAAUCUUAAUCCUAGUCAAAGCGAACUUGAAUUUGCCAUCACUUGGCAUUCUCCAAUAGUAAAAUUUCGAACAGGUGACGUUGUUUAUACUCGUCGAUAUGUUCGUUGGUUUCCUGUUGACGGAAUACCUGGAGCUAAGUUGCUACUAAAACAUGCAAUAGAUAAUUGGAGGCAAUGGGUCCAGAAAAUUGAGGAUUGGCAAAAUCCUAUUCUUAACAACCAAUCGCUUCCAAAUUGGUAUAAGUCUGCUUUAUUCAAUGAAUUAUAUUAUCUUAGUGAUGGUGGAACUGUAUGGCUAGAUCCAAUUCAAGUUGAUUGUUUUAAAUCAGAUCUGCUCAAUUGUAUACCACUAGACCUUGUACGAAGUUACAAAAAUGGUGUAGAUCUAGACCCGUAUAAGUUAACUGGUCGCAAAAUUAAAACUCCAACUACAGUAACUGAAGAUAUGAAAGUCGACUCUUGGGAUCAUCGUGCUAGAUUAUCACGUGAAAUAGGUUUAUUUGGAUAUCUUGAAGGUCAUGAAUAUCGAAUGUACAAUACAUAUGAUGUACAUCAUGAUGCAUCAUGGGCUUUAAUCAAAUUAUGGCCUAAAAUACAACUGGCUUUAAAUUAUGAUUGUGCCGAUUUGGCUAUCGCUGAAGACUCAACUUCAGUCUAUUACAUUUAUAAUGGGGAAAAGCUAUCCAGAAGUUCCGAGUGUGCGGUUGUUCAUGAUUUUGGUGAUCCGGAAGAUGAACCUUGGCGAUGCACUAACGCCUACAUAAUGUUUCCUACUGAUAAAUGGAAAGAUUUGAAUUCGAAAUUCAUCUUACAAGUUUGGCGCGAUUGGCGUAUUACACAAGACCAUCAAUAUUUAUUGUAUAUGCUUCCUAUCGUUUUGAGAAUUCUGAGGAAGUCUUUGGUAGCAUGGGAUUCUGAUGAUGACGGACUAAUUGAGAAUUCAGGCUUUCCUGAUCAAACAUAUGACGUAUGGACUGCAAAAGGCUUAACGUCUGUUUCGAGAUGUGAAUGCCUAGUUUUACAUAUUAUCGUACAAAGUUAUACUUUUUUAUUGUUCUUUCAAAAUGUGGAGGUCUACCUGGAUAAUUUGCUACAAAUGAGUUCACUAACGCACCUACUUAUCCGUGAUUAUUAGUAGUAUAGUAUGCAGUCUUAGAAAAUUUAGAGAUAUCGACUUCAGAUCGUUAUACUUCAUGUGCCACUUUAUCUAACAGAAACUAAAAAGGAUCAUCAAUGUGUAGGAACGGUUGAUUUAGUUUCAGAGCCGGACACUGAAAUAUUUAGCAAACUGUUCAAAUGGUUUGCUAUUUUUCAAAAAUAUGAAUGAAUAACUGUUGGAUUGUGUGAACUCUGAAGAUGUCUGAUUCAUCCUGAACGAAAUUAAUAGCUCUACCAGACAUUUAUAUUUUGGAAUAUUGGUAGGUUUCGAUGUGAUUUCUACGAGGUCAUUCAAUUAUAAAACCUUGUGUUUAGCUACCUUUCAGCCUGAUUAUAAGACACACCACCUGUAUUUUCUAGCCUUUUUAAUUCCCCUGUUAUGGGAAUGAUUUUUAGAAGGACUAUGGUGUUGUUUUGUUUAUCUCGAUAACUGUUUCAGUCAUGAAGCCUUAAUCGUCUUGCCGUAAAUGAUUAUGAAGAUAGAUUUCAAUUGAAUGAAAAUUCAUUGUAUUUAUAUAAAAUGUGACUAAUUGUUAUUAGUAAAUCUGAUGCCGGUUUCAGACAUGUAUUUGAAUUAUUUGUUAAAUCUAGAAUCAACAUAUUUUUGGGUGUUUUUAGCACACCAAACUUUCAGGAGAGUCGUUUUCCUCCUUCUCUUUUAGUAAAAUAGCUGUUUCAAGCAUUCGUAUGACGUAUCCGCUCCUUUAUGUGUCACAUUUAAUUGCAUGAGCUUUUAUUCCACACAUCAAACGUAACCGUUGUUAAUAUGAUAGCUUUCGGGAUAUUUCAGAACAAUGCAUAGUGUUCUUGCAUGUUUAACUUAUUCGUAAUUACUUAGAUACGAACUAUUUAAAUGAUUGACAGGAUUUUACUCGUUUGAGUAUUUUUGUGGAUAGUUAACGUUUUGAGUUGACUAUACUGUAACACCAGGCAUAACUGACACUUUUGUAACUGAAUUAAAUAUUAUCUGAGUUUUUUAAUGCUUUUGUACCAUUCUUUAGUGCUUACACUGGUGGCAUAUGGCUCUCUUGUCUAUAUGCUACAUUUGAUAUGCUCUCUUGGUGUUUAAAAAGUGAUUCACCUGUAUAUGAUCAAAUAGUUAAUAAUACAGAUGAUACUCAACGUUCUUGGAGUGAAGUUAAAGAUGAAAUUCAAGCAUUAUUCAUUAAAGCACGUGAUUCAUACAAUGCCAAACUAUGGACAGGUUCGUAUUACGCUUUCCAAACACACUGUACUCGUAGACGUGAAGUUAUUAUGGCCGGUCAGUUAAGCGGAUAUUGGUUUUCCCGUAUCACUGGAGUUCCGCCGAACUUGAUUUUACCUAAAAAUCAUGUAGUGAAAACCCUACAGACAAUUUCGAAUUGCAAUUGGCAUGGUAUAGAAAAUGGUACUAUAGGUGCAAUUAACGGUUGUCGUCCAGUCUGUAAACCUGACCUUAGUAGUAUUCAGGCAGAAGAAUUCUGGGUCGGUGUGAACUAUUCACUUUCUGCUCUUAUGAUAGCCGAGGUAUGGACCGGCUUAAUAGUUAUUUCAAAAAUUUGUUUCCUCGUUAAUCUUUAGUAUGUUACGUUGCAUUGAUGAAUUCUCAUUACUUCUAAUUCACAUCAAAGUCAUGCGAAACCUUUGAUGUAUAAAUCACACUAUUUCCUACCUUGAUUAGUCAGUUGAGUAAGAUCUUUGUGUACCACACAAUUUUAUCAUUUGAUUCUUAAAGUUCAUUGACGUAUUGUUUGAAUAUAAUAGUCAAAAUUCAUAAUUGAAUCUACCUAGUGGACAUUCAGUUGUUUCAUAAUAUAGAGUAAGUGAACUUCUUUAUACAAAUCUAUCAUUAAGUGGAAAGACUGAUCCUUUUUAAUCUAGCUACUUAUCCACCUUCCUCUAUUUGAGUAUAUUUACGUGCAUGUUGUACUUUUUUUACAAUGAAUACUAUAGUAUUGAUGACAAAGAUAUUUCUCCGCUAGUUGACUUGCUAAUCUUUCGUCAGGAUAGUGUUUUAAAGUCGAUUUUUGAAAGUUAGUUUCGAAAAUUAAUGACAAGUAUGUCUUAUUACAGGAGCAUUCGCAAUUAUUGUAGUCUUUGUAUACAAUGAUAAUAAUUUUGUACUAUGACACUACGGGGGAUGUGUUUAUUUCAAAUGCUUGUAAGCAAUAUAAAAAAUUAACGUCUUCAGUUUAUUCAGUAUUGUUGGUUAGACAAAUUCAAUUUUCCAGAUGCAUUUUAACCAAUUAAAUGUAUUAAUCAUAUGCCUUUGGUGCUUAUCUACAUGUUAACAAUAUCCUGCUCACCA